AUGAGUGCGGAGAAAGUGCCAGUGGGCUAUACAAAUGGGACAUCGUUCAAGUGGAAUACAAGGGGACAGACUAUUGCAGCUGCAACCGUUCUCCCAGCACUAGGACUGAUAUGCGUGGUAUUGCGCUUCUGGUCCAGACUUCACAGGCGGACUGGCCUUGGACUUGAUGAUGCGUUUAUUGUUCCAGCACUGCUCUGCGUUAUUGGCCUAGGCAUCACCCUGCUCGUUGGUAUCGCAAAGAAUGUCAUAGCCCACACCACCCCUCCAGACCCCGACGCCGCCAACAAGGAUGCCCAGUUGUAUCAAAUCACAGCCCCACAAGAACUGGUGGAAAAGAUGAAAUUCGUGUUCUUUCUCCUUUCCGUUGCUGCCUAUGGCUUUAUAAAACUCAGCGUCCUGUUUUUCUACCGUCGCAUCUUCGUCAAAGGCGCCUCUGCCAAGUUCGACAUUGUCAGUAAGGUCGCUAUUUGGAUCACCUCAGCUUGGACGAUUGCUUUCUUCCUCAUACAGCUACUUCAGUGUGGGAAGAAUAUCGACUCCCAGUGGGGGCCUAUAAUCGAUGCGUCACGGUGUUUGGACAGCUUUCAGUAUACCGAUGCCUUGUUCAUCAGCGAUCUCAUUACAGAUCUUUUGGUGAUAUGUCUGCCAAUACCAAUUGUUCUACAACUUCAUAUGACGAUGCAGCGAAGAAUUGGAAUCAUCGGCGUCCUGUUACUGGGCACCAUGUCUAUCGUAGCGUCAAUAGUCCGAAUAGUCUACGGGUUUCAAAUCCAAGCCGCUGGCCUCGCAAAACCAACCGACGUCGACGAAGGAGUGACAACGCUUCUCUACUGGGGAAUGCUCGAAGCCGGCAUCUCCCUCAUCGCCACCAACCUCCCCUCCCUACACUUUCUAGUCACGGAGAAAUCCCUACAGCCCUUCGCCGCCAGCAUCCGCACUGCGGUCUCGUUCAGCUCAUUGCGGUCGCAGGCGUCAAAAGCUGGGACCGGGACUCGGUCACCGUAUUCGAAGGUGCAGCAGAAUGGAUCGAAGGCGCCGGAGGUUCCGGUUUUGCGGAAAGGGUGGGAGAAUGGAGGGGGGCUGGGGACCGUGGAUACGUUCGCUAUGUACGAUAUGGAACGUGCGGUGGAGGUUAGGGAGCCCGGGUUGGUUCACGUUGCGUGUGAGAUGUGGCAGCAGGGGAAUGUCAUUUGA